AUGGCCAGAGGCCCUGCUUCCUCUCUCUUCAACUUGUGCACUCGCAAGAGAACCCUUUCAAGACUCAAACUUCUUCUCUUCAACCGUUCUUCUCAAACUUCUUCAACCUCUCAAUUUCACAACACUUUCCACGACCCACUUCGCCCCUUUUCGACCCGUUUCAUGAACCCGGCUUUUCACCCGAACUUCUCCCAAAGUCGGAGUCUUUCCGGCGUUAGAAUCCACCCCGCGAGGCCGUUUUCCACCGCCGGCGACGAGGGUGACGGCGACGAGAAGCCGGAGUGUGAAUUCGACGCUGAUUUCGGUCAGAAUGUUGGUUUUGAGCUUGGAAAUGAGGUUAGUGAUGAUGUUUCUGCUUUAUCUGAAAAUGGGGUUGUUGCAAAUGAUCAAGAUAGUAAUGAGUGCAAUUCAAAGAUUGUUGAUUCUCUAGAAUGUAGUAAUAGUAGUAGGGAUGAUGAAUUAGAGAAGAAAAGUGUGGAAUGUGUGCACGUGGCAUCACGUGACCCUGUGGAAUUGUACUGUGAGCUUAAGAGUGCUGAGAGGAGUGCAAAGCUAAAUAGAUCAGAGGUGGAAGUGCUAAUGGAAGUAUGCAAUUUGUUUGCCAAAUCAGGUUGGGCAUCAAACCAAGCCCUUGCUAUUUACAUUGGUUUGUCAUUUUUCCCCACUGCAGCACACAAGUUCAGUAGCUUUUUCAGGAAGAAAUGUCCUGCUGAUGUUGCUAAUUACUUGGUGUCACUUGGGCCAUGUGAUGCUGCUGUUAAGUUCUUGUUUCCUAUAUUUGUGGAGUUUUGUUUGGAGAAUUUUACUGAUGAGAUCAAGAGGUUUAGGGGUAUGGUUGAGUCGGCAGACCUCACGAAACCUCACACUUGGUUUCCAUUCGCAAGGGCGAUGAAAAGGAAGAUAAUUUAUCAUUGUGGUCCAACCAAUAGUGGUAAGACUUAUAAUGCUUUGCAACAAUUUAUGGAGGCGAAGAAGGGGAUUUACUGUAGUCCGCUCAGAUUGUUGGCUAUGGAAGUUUUUGACAAGGUUAAUGCGAAAGGUGUUUAUUGCAGUCUACUAACUGGGCAAGAAAAGAAGCGUGUCCCGUUUUCUAAUCAUGUUGCGUGUACUGUGGAAAUGGUGUCGACUCAGGAUUUGUAUGAUGUGGCCAUUAUUGAUGAGAUUCAGAUGAUGGCUGAUCCGUACAGGGGGUAUGCAUGGACAAGGGCGCUCCUCGGGUUGAAGGCUGACGAGAUACAUUUGUGCGGUGAUCCUAGUGUUUUGGAUAUUGUUCGAAAGAUCUGUCGAGACACAGGAGAUGAGUUGCAUGAGCAUUAUUAUGAGAGGUUCAAACCAUUGGUGGUUGAAGCAAAGACCCUGCUUGGAAAUCUUGAAAAUAUUCGGUCUGGGGAUUGUGUGGUUGCAUUCUCAAGGAGAGAAAUAUUUGAGGUCAAAUUGGCAAUUGAGAAACAGACUAAACACCGUUGUUGUGUGAUAUAUGGUGCUUUGCCACCAGAAACUCGUAGGCAGCAAGCGAGUUUGUUCAAUGAUCAAAGUAAUGAAUAUGACGUUCUAGUAGCCAGUGAUGCAGUGGGAAUGGGCCUGAACCUUAACAUCAGAAGGGUGAUAUUUAAUACCCUUUCAAAGUACAAUGGUGACAAAGUUGUUCCUGUUCCAGCAUCACAGGUUAAGCAAAUUGCGGGAAGAGCUGGUCGGAGAGGAUGUCUUUAUCCUGAUGGACUCACCACUACCUUGCAUUUAGAUGAUUUGGAUUACUUGAUUGAGUGUUUGAAACAACCUUUUGAUGAUGUUAAGAAGGUGGGCCUUUUUCCUUUUUAUGAGCAGGUUGAAUUGUUUGCCGGGCAACUUCCUGAUCUGACGUUCAACCAGCUUUUGGAAAAAUUUGGCGAAAAUUGCCGUUUGGAUGGGUCGUACUUCCUGUGUCGACAUGAUCAUAUAAAGAAAAUUGCUAAUAUGUUAGACAGAAUCCAGGGGUUAUCCUUAGAAGAUCGUUUUAACUUCUGUUUUGCCCCUGUUAAUGUUAGAGACCCAAAAGCUAUGCACCACUUACUUAGAUUUGCUACAUAUUUUGGUCAGAAGCUCCCUGUAAAUAUAGCUAUGGGCAUGCCGAAAGGUUCUGCACGGAAUGAUGCAGAACUCCUAGACCUUGAGACUAGACAUCAAGUUUUAUCUAUGUAUUUGUGGUUGUCAAACCACUUUGAUGAGGAUACUUUUCCAUACGCGAAGAAAGCUGAGACAAUGGCUUCAAACGUUGCUGACUUACUGGGCCAAUCUCUUAUCAAAGCUAAUUGGAAACCUGAAUCAAGGAAUAAAGGGAAACCAAAAGCUGAAAAAAGUGAAGAGCAACUAGAACCAAGGAGUGCAGCCAUACUAAAAACUGAAAAAAAGGCAAAUGGCUAUUCAAGGUCACAGUCGCUUUUUAAAUUAAAUGGCAAGAAAGGGCAUGAAAAUUCCUUACAGCUCGAUCAGUCAAAGAAAGUAACUGCAUAAUAUAAUGACUGUGGAGGUAAUAAUCAACGACCACUGCAAUAUAACAACUUAUAUCAGGGAUUUGCAUAAAUUCAUUGAACUUUUUUAGCCAAAAUUGUGGAUUUUACCAUGUUGGGAAUGCAUCCCCCAAAGAAAAAGAGAAGACUACUUUAGGAAUGAAGGAUAGUUACAUUAGAGAGAUUGAAUGUAGCCUAGAAAUAAAACAACUAGCAUCCUGUUUGUUCUUUUAUAGAUAAACCAAGAUGGAGCAUUGUUGUGGUGCUACAAGUAUCCUGUUCUGUAUUUAAAUGUAGCCUAGAAAUUUUGUUGAAUUCUUUUAUAUGCCAACACCUCUUGUCCAGGGUUGAAUAUUUUAGGCUUCAUCAUUCUUUCUUUCUUUCUUUUUUUAA